UUUUUUUUUUUUUUUUUUCCUGCUCGUUUUCCCUUCCUUCUCCAGCCGGGAAUCGCGGCCAUGGAGCUGGGGUGGUUGCUGUGGGGCGCGGCGGUGCUGCUGCUGCUCCAUUUCCUGAUGGAGCUCAGCCCCGCCGUCAACUUCGUGCUUCGGGUCGGGUUUUAUUACUUUCUCUUCGUCGUCUGCUCGGCGAUGACGGCCCCGGUUUGCAUCCUCGUCAACGGCGGCCGCACCGUCAAGAACAUGAAAAUCAUCAAAAAUGUGGUCAAGACCUUCAAGUAUUUCUUUGGCCUGAGGUUUGAGACAAAGGGACUGGAGAACUUCAAGGUGGAAGGACCUGCUAUCAUUGUGUCCAACCACCAGAGCAUGCUGGACAUGAUGGGGCUGAUGGAGAUCCUGCCAGAUGACUGUGUCCAGGUGGGCAAGAAGGAGCUGCUGUAUGCUGGCACUGUGGGGCUCAUCAUGUACCUCGGGGGUGUCAUCUUCAUCAACAGGAAGAGCACCAACAGUGCCAAGAUGGUGAUGGCAGAGGUGGCCAAGACGAUGGCAGCUGACAACGUGAAGGUGUGGGUGUACCCAGAGGGCACGAGGAACUGCACGGGGGAUUUGCUGCCAUUCAAGAAAGGAGCAUUUCACCUGGCAAUCCAAGCACAGGUCCCAGUGAUUCCCGUGGUGUAUUCCUCCUUCAUCAGCUUCUAUAACCCAAAGAAGAGUCUAUUUACAUCAGGCAAAAUCAAGGUUGAGGUUCUGCCUCCAAUAGAGACCAAAGGCCUGACACCAGAUGAUGUCUCUGACCUCACUGACAGAUGUUACCACACCAUGAGGGAAACUCUCUUCAAGCUGUCAGACCUCCCGUGUCCAAGCGAGGCAAAGGACUCAUCCUAAACACUUCUCACAGUGGUGUCACCCUGUGGCUGGUGGUGGCUGAAGGGACCUGUCUGUUGCCAAAUACUGAAGGAACUUUUCUUCCCCUGCAGUGACUUCUAACUCAGGGAACACUCUGGACUGGCAGAUACUGAGGUUCCCUGCUGACUGGAUUUCUCCCAUGGGCUCAUUAUCUCACAAUGAAACGUCUCCUUUUUCUGAAUUUCUCAGGCAUCAAACUUCUGCUACCAAAGGGCUCAGUGACCAGAGAGGUGAGUUCCCCAGCUCAGGCAGCUGCUGUGAGGUGACAAUGAAAACCUGGCUGGAGCCUGGGCUCUGCCUCUGUCCCUGCUCCUGUGUCCCUGCAGGCUCAGCUGAUGCUGCUCUGGCCCUGUGCUGUCCCAGGUGGGAACCAGCAGGCAGCAGGUCCUAGCAGCACAACCUUAGUGCUGCUCAAACAGGGUUGAGAAUUGGGUGAAAACUCCAGAUUCUGGCUCUUGGGCAGCACUGGGGCUGUGGUGUCCACCCUGGGCAGCCCAGAGCACUUCUGCCCUUCAUGGGGGAGCUGCCAGGUGAUCUCCAGGGCAGGGUCUGUCUCCCUGAGAGACACCCUUGGGUCCCAGCAGCAUCUUGUGCUGGAGCUUUGGGUUGCCCAGGGACUCCUGAGCAAAGUCUUGACCUUCUCAAGAGAGCACCCAGGGCCAAAACCUCAGCUUUGCUGCAGAGGAAAAUGUGUGGGGCCAGGCAGCAGUGUCUGUUUGGGCUUGGUUGUCCUGUCUGAACCAGUACCCCUGCUCAUCCAGGGGUUCAGCAGGAAAGAGGGAAGGUUAUUUGGGCAGAGUUUAGCUGGAUGCUCACCAGCCUCCCCACUUGAUCGUCUGCUGAACGAAGCCCCGUGCUUUCUUCUACCCUCCAGAGCCAGCAGCUUGAGUUAAAAACCUCCCCAGAUCUGUCAGGAGUCCUGGGCAGACCCCUCCUCCUGUGUGACAUCUUUGUGGCACCCCUGUAGAUGCUGUGUGUGAGACCCCCCUGGGUUGGCUCAGAGCAUCCCUGGUGUUGGGAAGCUGUGCUGCCAGCCCCCAGGACUUGCUGCAGGCUCAAAGGGCUCUGUCGUGCUGGGUUUGUCACUUGUCAUGGUCAGCACUGGCCAAAAGAUGGUGCCUGUCCCCCGUGUCUCUGCUGCUUGCAGUGGAGCUGCUGCUCUGGGAGGUUGGUGGAAGUCCUGCAGAGCUGCAGGGUGGGUGAGCUGCAGCUGGGAUGGGGUGAGGAAGGCUUCAGCUCUCCCCGUGGGGCAAAGAGGCUCCUUCCCUCCUUCAGAUGAAGGGUUUCUGCUGUGCUGUGGGCUGAGGGACCAGCAGAGCUCGUGGGUCUCUCUCUGAGAGCUGCAAGUGUUGAUGUCUUCUGUGAAAAGCAAAGCUGGGGCAUGGCCGCUGUCCCAGGGGGUGACCUUCACCUCUACCAGGUUCAGGGAGGUUUUAGUUCUCCUGUUCAUGGUGCAGGGUUUGUAACCUUGAAAUUUGCUGCCUGGGGCUGCUCAGGUAACCACCAGAGAUGACUUUUGCAGCCUGUCUGAGGCUGUGUUGUUGGAAUUGCUGUUGUGUGGUGUUUUGGGGUUAAAAACUCACCUGGGAAGAGUGGGGGAUUCCCAAAGAGCCAUCAGAGAGCCUCUUGGCUCUUCAGAGAGCUGAGCUGGUGCUGGUGGGGGUCAGGGGCUUCAUCAGAGGGGCCUUACAGUACAGACUCAGGGGUCAGACCCGUGUGGGAUGGGUCAGGGUGGGAGGAUGGGAACCAAACCAGCACUUUGGAGUGGCAGGUAAAGGGCUGUCAUGGAGGUUAAACCCUGGAAGGUCCUGGGAGGGCUCUGUGGAGGGAUAACCACAUCUGCAGAGUGACUCCUGCAGCACCCUUCCCUGGGAUGAGGGAGCAGUGCCUCUGUGUGCAGUUGUUUGCUGUUCACUUUUAAUUGGGUUGAGUCGUUUAUGUGCUUAAAAAAAAAAAAUUUAAAAAAAAAUUACAGCUUUGGUUAUUUAAAUAAA